AUGGGCGCCGGCUUAGAAACAGCAGAGGAGGAACAGGCUGAACCCGACAAGGUCGACAAGCCUGAGGUCGGUGAGAACCCCAAGGAGCAGCCUUCAGUCGUUGCCGACGACAGCAAGAAACACGGUCUGGGUCUCAUCAACGGCCCUGACGCCAGUGCCGAGGGCAGAUCACGACCUACAUCGAAGGACGGCAAGCUUCCUGGCUCGAACCGCUCAUCCACCGGCUCGAAGUCUGGCUCCGCGCCCCUGACGCCCGCGACAUUGGCUGCGCUGAAUGCGCUGAGCCUGGACGAGAGCGGAAGUGCGACUCCCCGUGCGACAAACCCGGCGCUUGUGGCCGAGGCGGCGGUGUCUCGCCGCGUGAAGGUGCGCGACUACGCGUUCCACAUGACGGACCUGCGCUUCGUCGGUCUGGGACCUCACCGCUCGCGCUCAAACUGGAGCGAGGGCGAGCCCGAGCCGUCGACCCCAUCAGCGCCUACAUCGCAGGAGGGCUGGGGCUUCAGCGGAUUCGGGUUCGGCGCCUCGUUUGGCCCCAGCUCGUCGUCACCGUCGACCGAGCAGCCAUCAACCGGACUGUCAUUUGGCCUGGGCUCAUGGACGAAGCGCGACGACGAGGACGUGGCGGACCACAGUGCAUCGGACUACUGGAGCGAGGACGAGGAGCUGGGCCCGGACGACAUCUACUACCACGGCGGUGACGAGGGCGAGCCCGACGGCUUAUACCGCACUGCUUACCCCUUCUAUCCCGAAGGCAUCAACGAGAUCGCAAUCGAGGUCGGCGAAUUCUUAGACGUGCGCGGGCGCGGGGGAGGCGAGGGCUGGGUCGUCGGCACGCGCCUGCGCGACGGCGUCGAGGGCCUCGUGCCCGAGGGAUACCUCGAGCGGUGCUCUGAGGCCGACCCAGAGCUCGACGCAGAGUGGGAGCAGGUCCGCCAGAUGCGCAGACAGCGCGAGCAGACGCCAGAGAGCCUCAGCGGCAACUCGGAGAAUGACGAGAAGGAGCGGUGGUAG